AUGUCGCCUUCGCAACCACUUCACUGGCAAGCUCCGACUUGCAAUAACAGGGCUACUGUGCCAGGAUUCGAGCCGGCGAUAGGCUUCUCCAGUCCAAUUUACCCUGUCAUGGGCCGACCUGAUGAAGAGAUUUCUCAGCAAACACCUACCCGCCACCGGCACGGAGAAGGGUUGACCAACUCUCAGCCGCUUGACAGAGCUCGUCAGCCACGGCAUAGACAGAGUUUUCCCUCCCAACUUUCUGAUCAGAUCCACGGGCCGAAUCCUCAAGGUGGCCACGCAAGAUUUGUCACUCACGUCACCAAAACUUUACGAAAGCUAGCUGUACGGGUGCCGCUUUCAAAACACUUUUACCCAUAUUGCGUCACUAGGGACGUCCGUGUAUUAGAAAGAGGAUAUUGGGAGUUCUUGGUUGGAAUAAUCGAGUCUCCGACGACACCGGAUCCGAGACAGGCACAACAAAAGCGUCGCAACGAUGAACCUAUCUCUCUGUGUUCGGGGAGAGACUUCCUUCAGCUUUGGAGGAAUGUGUCUCGUUUCAUAAAGGACGGCAAGGCGGGAUGGGGAACAUCUAUAGUAAGGAAACAGGUUCGACGAGGUCUCUGGAGAAUCCGACUAUUCACCUGGGCUGAAAUCCUUGGGCAUAUCUGGCUGGUGCUGUGGGUUCUGUCGGACAAAUUGAUUGAAAACAUCCCCAUGCACUGGAUAGAUGGACGUGGGACCGCUGUUGUCACCAUGUCGGGGAGGAAGCAGAGAAGGAAUGGUCGUUAUAUUUGGGCACCCAAGAGUACUGAGGGCGAGCGAGGCUGCUGGGGGAUGCGGAAGCUGGAGAUGGUCUGA